ACAUUAUAUACGAAUUAACACCAUCCACAAUGAGCGAUCCGCCAGUGUACCAGCAUCCUAGCUCGCGCAAUUCGCUCGAUCUACUGAGCGAUAUAUUCAGAAAUGAAGACGCAUCAAUGCUUAUACAAGCAUAUCCAAUGGAAGUUGUCAAAAGGGUAGCUACCGAAAUAUCGCAAUUCCUAGCUGAAUUCACGCAUCAUGCCAAGGAAUAUAGAGAUACGCAACUAUUCUCCCCGGGAGAUACCAAAAAACUAUUCAAGUGCAAACUACUAAUGGAUUACUACGCAUUGUGCUAUAUCAUGGCAUCAAAGAACUUUUACCUCUACAAUACGCAUCGCCUAAAUUUGAUAAAGGAAAUGGCAAUAACCUAUAACGGACUCUAUGACGUUAUACCAAUGAAUAUUAUAGAACGACUGUCUGAUCAGGAGGCAACGUACCUAAGGGACACCUGUAAUGAGAUCAUCAAAACGCCACUACCAUUCCGAGCAAAACGAUAUAGUAUAGUCGCCGUACUAAAGGAUAUAGUAACGGAUGAUAUAGCAGAUAGAAACAAUCCAUAUAUGAAGUACUAUGCUAAAGGAAUGAAACUAACAAUACCGACCGAUCUUGCGGAAAUGUUAAUACACUCCAACUGGAUCAAAAUAAUCAAGACCAACCUAUAAAAUAUAGGAU